CACAGCUACAUCGGGUGUAUACACCCGCAAAUCUUCCGUAGUAUAGUGGUUAGUAUGGGAGCUUGUCACCUUCACAGGGUCCUCGUUCCAGACCCGGGUUCAAUUCCCGGCGGGAGAGCUACUUUUUUGCUACUUAUUUAUUUAUUUUGUACAGUCUUAGCAGAUGGCAGUUAUCUCUACCAUUGCCAUUGCUAUCUAUCGCCGUCGCUAUUGGUGUCAUUGUCACCGUCGAUUGCUGGCAGCUUUGGGACCACCUGGCAAAGGAUUUCCCAGCCUGUUGCCAGCGGUGCACACAGAUUCCAGGCACGAGAUACGUAGAAUCUAUAGGUG